AGCUAACUCUAUAACUUCUCUAGUCAGCAGUUCCAUGGGACGCACACCUAAAGAUGCAUAGUAAACAGUUGUUCCAAACGAAGGACAAAUGGAGUACUAUGGCCUCGAUUCACGCCCGGAUCAGGAGGAGAUAAAAUUGCUAUACCCGACUCGGAAAAUUUAUGAAAAUUGCUCUACCCGAACCCGACUCGGAAGAUUCGUUCUGUGAGUGUAGUUGCAUUUUGAGUUUUUUUCCAUCAUGGUGCUACAUUGAUGUAGUUGUAUUUGUAUUACUACUUGUAGUCCUGCUCUUUGACCUCGUCUAAUAUUUAAUAUCUAUAUCAUGAUCUUCUGAAGAUGCGCAUCCGCAUCAUCAAGUAGAUAAACGUCUCACAUUUGUUCAUCGUAGCAGCAAAAAAUUACGUAGUCGUAGAGGACACGAUGAUUAUAAAAAAAACUAACCCACGACUGUCAGUCACUGCUAUAAAAAUAGACACUCUUUCUUCUCAUUUUUGCCUGAAAGCGAAGUAUCGCGAACUAGUCCGCAUCCAUCAUCCAGAUAAGAAAGGCGAAACAGCAGAGUUCCAACGCAUCGACGCGUCGUUCCGAGAGCUCGAUCGACUUUACGACAAUGAUGGAAACUUCAAGUACAACAAGUACAAGAAGGACAGUAAAAAUAAGGCUAGAAGUAGUACCAAUUAUGGAGCUGCUGGAGGCGAUGUUGACAAGAACAAGGAUAAGAAUGGCGCGACUGGAACGGGAACAACAGGAGGUGCGUCGAAAGAUGCAGCGAGCAAGGAUAAGGAUAACAAGAAGGAUAAGGCUACGACUAGUGCUGGCGCUGGCACGCAGAAGAAGGCCGCCGAGCCAGGACCAGCACGUUCGUCAGCUGCGGCACAAGAACCAAGCAGCCCAUCUACUUCUCCAUCGAAAGAUGGCACUUCUAAAACAGCACAGGGAGAUAGAAGAGGACCACCGUCAAAAACAUCCUCGCCAGACGCCCGCAGCUCACCACCACCUCCCGACUUCGACCCCUUUGCAACGCCUGCAGACUUCGACCCCUUUGCCUCAUCUUCUGGAAACCCGACGUCGCCGUCUAGGCCGGCGGAUGCAAGUAGAAGCCCAUCUUCUACGAAAACCACGACACAACGCCCGCGGCCACGCCCUCCAGAUGUGACGCAGCGAAACUACGACGAAGAGAGUUCGACAAGUAGCAGUUCAUCGUCGUCUUCGGGGUCUGUUUUAUGGACGGAUCGACAUUGAAGUAUUGACAGUGACGAAGUUGAAGUAAGAUGGCGUAUGUAGAAGUCGUCCUCCUCUGAGCAAAUUUUACAGUUUCAUCCAUACUCUAAUGCCUUCCCCACCCCACAACAAACCUCGAAGCAGCAACCCUUCUGGACCACCACCAAGUCGGCAUACCGCAGGAACAGCACCGUAUGGUCGCAGUCGAGCAAGCGCGCCUGCAGCGCCACAAGGCGUUGAUCCCUUCGACUUCGGUGAUCCUUUCGCAGACUCCCAUGACUUCUUUGCUAAUACCGCAAAUGCAGCAAGAAACUUCAGCUCGAAUAGUGUGAGUAGGUAUGAUGAGGAUGAGGUGCUGGAUUCAAAUUGAAGCUUCUCUCAUGAUCCAUAUCAGUGCCACCUUUUUGAUGGAAAUAAUCAUGUACUUACAGUUGUUAGAAAGAAAUCUUCUGCUUCCCUUUCAUCUUCUUGAUGGAGGCUCGUAUCCGCAUAGUGAAGCUGAAGAUCCCCCACACCACCCUCAUCUUUAAUCAUCUUCUUCCUUUCCGACGAGUUCUACGUCGCCACCGGAAUCGCCUGUGCCGCACUCAGCCGCAUCCCCAGGCAGCUAUCAUGAGACGCUUAGGGUAGUCGAGGUGAUCGUCAUGGGCUUCCGCAACAUCGAAAGGAGUGGAACGUUCAAAGUGGAAGUGGCGCUAGACGGACGCUCGCAGCAAAUGGUGGACUGGACAGACGUGCCGGGAUCGAGGCAGACAGUAUUUUUUGUGUUUUUAAUCCUUGUAUGGUAAAGGGGUAAACUACACUUCUUAAUCAAUUUCAUCCUUGUAGAAGAGGUACACAAAGAUAAAAGAACUACAAGAACACGAGGACUCAUGAUAGCUUUUAUUGGUGCUUGACGAGUUCGUCUGCCGUUCAAGACUGGAAAACAAUUAAUCAAGAACUACACGUCAAAUAAUCACUUAGACCUACUGCUCCACGAUCGAAGCAUUCACGUUUUUCCGUUGGCGAGAAGACAGCUACGUUCAGAUCAUCUUGCAUGGCCAACGUAUGUUUCGCAUGAACAAGCGCGAAGGAGAAGCGCAUCUGAGUGUGAGCGACAUCCUACGAAAUCACCAAGGAAACUUCGAAAACUGGGUCGCCUUGGAGCAUAAGAACAGGAGGAUAGGCGAAGUGCGAUUAAGGAUCAAUAUGGAUGGUACUUUUAUCUGUUUCUUUACUAGUAGAACAAGGACUAUCUAGGUGGAGCACUUCUCUAGUGAUCAUUUUGAUUUUGUUUAGUCUUUGAAAAACUAGAAGGGGCUGCUGGUCUUUCUCAGAAACAGCCACAAACAACUUUCCUCCACGUACGCCGCCUUCCAGGUCCCGAGCUCCAGCUUCGGCAACCGCCUUCCCGACCAAGCGUAGACCCACUACAUCAAAGACCCACCAGCACAGAAGUUCCCGGUCCCCCAUCCACAGCUGCGAGGGGAGGCGUCUCCCCAGCUGGCUCGUCCCCGAUCCUUCUGCAAGCUGCGAGAGGAGGUGGACCGCCAGAUAUUCCCGUGCAUGGGCGUGCCAGUGCACCACCUGAAAUGAUGAUCCGAAGUGGCAGAGCAACGCCUUCCGGAGUGGUCGCUUCGCCACCAGUAACGUUCCUUCACCCUCAUCCAGGAGUUGGACAAGCAUCUUCCUCGAUGCAAGUAUUAAGGGUAGGUUAAACUUAAAGGUGCUUUUCUUACCGCUUUUUAUGCCUCUCUCAUCCUAAGGGAGAGAGAAAGGCAUAACAAGCGGUGAAUGGUUCUGGUAUUUGGUAACCUGAAUUUGAUCCUAAGGGAAAACAAGCACCAAAAGCCUACCUCUAAAAGUAGCCGUUCCAGGAGCUCCUGGGUCACCCUUUCUGCCUCCAGCACGGCGAUCAGAGCAGUCCCGGAGUUUGUCGCCGCCUCGGACUUACGGAUCCAAUCCGUUCGAUUUGCCUGGGUAUGGGACAUAGGGUGUAUUUGUCACCUUGGACAAGAGCACGAGGACAGAGUAAAUACAUUACGACGCUCCUUGAAGCAUUUAUUUAUUUUGCGACAACUACUUCUUACUUGUAGUUCAACUAGAAGUAGAAGUACUGCAAGUGAAUUUUUACAACAACAGCUGCAGAGAAGGACAAGAACUCAAAGACUCCUGGGGUAUAUACUUGACCAUUUCGAGAUUCCGAGAACUGAAUGUUUUUCCUACCAGAAUGAAUGUGAAAUAAACUGAAACUCCAACUCGAACAAAAAGUUAUAGAAGAUAUUACUAUUAG